AUGGCUCCAACUAUCGUCCUUGUCACCGGUGCCAACCGUGGCAUCGGAAAAGGUAUCCUGGAACUAUACUUGCAGAAGCCAAAUCACACGGUGAUCGCCGCCAACCGUGACCCAAGCCACCCAACUUCUUAUGCCUUGACUGAUCUACCCAAGGCCGAAGGCACUACGUUGGAGGUUAUCAAGCUCGAUGCUCUCUCUCCAACUGACCCCGCUGCAGCCGUGAAUACGUUAGCUACUAAGGGAAUCACCCACAUCGACAUCCUGAUCGCCAACGCCGGUAUCGCUCUUUUAUGGCCAAAGGUGUCAGAGGUCAAGGUGGAGGAUAUUCAGAAGCACGUCGAUGUUAAUGUAUAUGGCUUCAUCCGUCUUUACCAAGCUUUCCGACCCGUCCUCAAGGAAGCACAGGCCCCCAAGUUGGUAACAAUCGGAUCCAGCUCCGCUUUCCUGACGGUAAGUCCCACCAGUCUGUUUUCUUUGACCCAGACCAGGAACUUUAUACCCCUGCAAAAUGCUGCAUACGCUCCCACCAAAGGUGCUCAGCACUGGUACACCAAGGCGAUCUCCGCUGAAGAUCCUUGGUUGACCGCGUUCCCUCUGGACCCGGGCUGGGUCCAGACUGAGCUCGGUAACCGGGGCGCUGACGCUUUCGGGAUCGAGAAAGCCGCCAUUACCGUGGAGGAGAGUGUUACGGGCGUGGUCAAGGUCAUUGACGCGUCUACGCUCAAAACUCACAGUGGAAAGCUCUUCAAGUAUGACGGCAAUCAGGAGCCUUGGUAG